AUGUACCAAAUGCAAAGUAUUUUGACAGCAUGUUUUGCUCCAGAUACUAAACACGCAGACGAUUGGUUUAGGAACCAAAGCACACAAGAACUUUUGAGUGAAAUUUCUCUAGACCGAGAAAAAUCGGUCUUGCCUAAAACUCAUGAAAAUCGCAAGAAUUUGGCUCCUGGUUUGAGAGGAUAUUAUGUACAUAGACUUCUUGUAAAUGCUGUUGCAAUGUGGGCUUCACCUCGUUAUGCUUGGUAUAUUUACAGACUUCUUGACGAAAUUCAUAGACAAGAACGUGAAGAGAUGGAAAAGAAACUUCAAGCAAAAGAUGAAGUCAUUGAAGCAAAAGACAAAAGCAUUCAGAAAAGAAUACCACGUUCGGUACCAAAAGGAAAGGAAAAGAACUAUAAGUAUAUGAUUUAUACUGAAGAGAUGGAAAAUGAAGAAGAUAAAGAUAUGGUUAUGUUGCAUUUAGUCAGAAGAAACAACAAAAGCUUUUACGACCUUGCUAAGAUUUACAAAUCUGACAGAAAUUGGUUCUAUCGCGAAAACUUACCGAUUUCAAUGACACCGAAUGAAGAUGUGAAACAAAUAGUUCAAGAUAC